AUGAAGUCAUUAUUCGUGGCGCAAUGGCUGGCCGCCUUUGGCUUCACUGCGACAUCAGCUUUGCCGUCUACUCAAUCACCCCGGGAUGCCCAAACUCAGGGCAGGUCUCCUAGGUGUCGAUUUGCGGCUGACUGGUCCCAGAAAGAUGUCCUUAAGAAUCCAGACCGUUUCGAGUGGGACAUCUUGUUUUGGGAGGGUAAGUUUCAUCAAAAUGAUGUUGGAUACAACACCGCCAAUGGCAUGACGUACGAUGGAACGCAGCUCGAUCUUACUACAGGAGCUCGCACCGCGAAGCAUCCCUUCAGUGCUGCCAGUAAAGAGGCCCUCCAGAUUAUGCUCUAUGCACAUGCCAUUUCAGGAACCAAGGAAGCAGCACGCUUUCUCACUCCCGAUAAUCUUUCCAAAGCCCCAAAAGUUGCGGCGUCAAUAAUGAAGACAAAACUCCAGACUUAUCUGCAGUUUAACCAGUCCAAUCCUGGGUUUGGCGGCUUCCUGCCCUGGAUGACAACCAGCGAGAGCCAACUAUCUCCAACAUGGGAUUGGGUCAACCGAGUGCCUGCUUUGGACAAUGGCGAGCUCAUUUGGGCCGUGUAUGCCUGUAUCAAUGCACUGGAGCAGAGUCGCGACCAGUCCUUCAGAGACCUCGCAAAGGGGUGGCAGAAGUGGUUGGACUAUGUGAAGACAACAGCUGCUACCGUCUUCUACAAAGGAGAUGGGCACGUGUGUGCGGUGACAAAGAUUAACAACCAGACGCUGCCUCUGAAGGAUCCAAAGCAAGGGUACCAGUGUGAAGGGACGAGUUACCUCGAUGACCCCUAUGAAGGAGAACUCUUUACGCAUUUCUUGAACGCUUUUGGGGGGUUGUCUCGGAAGGACAAGGAUGCACUGUGGCAAGCAAAGAGGGCUAAGCUCGUAAGCGUGGAAUACAACAUGGGCGGAGUCGGUCCCAUCACGGUCGAACAAGGAUAUUGGUUCUCCAGCCAUGAACCCUGGAAGGUUCUCGAGUUGCCGUACUACGAUGUCGACCUUGUGAAGAGACUGUAUCACAAUGCAGAAAGAGCAAGAACCUGCAACUCGGUCGUAACCAAGGUCCCCGGGCUCUUCGCAUCAGUGAACAACUCUACCGAUCCGGAGACUGGCGAAAUUAUCGGCUACAUCUCACCAGCUGGAAUCCCCUCAAUUGCAAGCCAGAAAGAGCAAGAGCAUGAUGUUAUCACACCUUACGGCGCCUGGCCCACAAUCAUGUUUGACAAGGCUGUUGGGUUAGCCUGGUGGCGAAACAUGGUCAUUGCAAAGAAGAUGCAGAAUCCAUAUGGAAGCACCGAGUCGACAAGAGUAGACGGUAAGCUGGUGUCAGCCUUGGUGACUUGGGACAGCAAGAUCACAACUGUUGUCGCUCUCCUGGGCGGUGUUGGCGACCUUGUGCGUCCCAAGAUGAAGCGGGAUGGUAUCUACAAUGAUUUCAUCUCCAUUACUCAGAGAGAGUAUGGCCGAGUGUUCAAAAAGCUAAAGGGCGAGAACAUUGCGCUCUGCUUGCCCAAGGAGACGGUGCCAAAUGCCGGAUUGAAGGAUUUUACACAGUGCUCUGCAUAA